AAGAAUUAUGUGACCUAAGGGCAGGGGAUAUUUUGUAAAGGGGCAGUACAAUCUAUCUAUUAUAAAUAAGUAGAAAUGACCUAAGGAAAGCACGCUACUGCCUCCUCGCUUGGAUUAGUUUCUUUGUACUGAUCCAUUUCUUCUCUUGAAUUCACCAUACUCUCCUAUUUCUUCUUCCUCCUCUUUCGGUCUCUACUUAUUAUAGUUGUUUGUAUUGUUUGGAAUUCAUUUUGAGGUUGCAGGUUGGUCCAUUUUUGGUGCUUUCGUUGCUCUAACUCUCCUCCACCAUGGUUGAUGGUACUCGAUUGGCAAACUUAGAUCUGGUAGUGGCUGUGCUUCAGGAUGAUUUUCAACUACAAUCUCAAGCUCUUGCUCAACAAACUAAAUCCCUAGACUCCCUUCAAUCCACAGUUUCUAUUCAGUAUCAAACAAUGGUUGAUAUGAAGCAUCAAAUGGAAGCUGUUACUACUCAACUCAUUCAACUUGGGCAGUUAAUUAAAGGUAAGGCCACACAAUCAACGACGCCUCCCGAUGGAACCAAGGUUGAGACUGAUUCCAGAACAACAUUCAAGGGUGAUCAUACAUCUCCUACCAACCAUUGCCAUCCGUCGCACCUUGAGUACGAUUCUGAUAGGGAAGAGUUUCCGUUCAAGCCCAAACCCGCUCAAGUGGAACUGACUAAAUUUAAUGCCUAAAACAAUAGUAGCAGAAAAGAUAACCAAACAUGAGGAUUCUGGCAGUUCGAUUUACUUACUUUAAAGGGCGGCCGUUGUACUUAAGAACCAACUGCUCGGCAAUUGAUUUACUUCGACCAUAGGGAUCAACGUG